GGUCUCUCCGACGGGAUGCCCGGGUGCCGGCGGGGGUGGGAGGUGGGCGGAAGGGAUGGAGCCAGGGGUGGCUGCGCCAAACGACGUCGGGGCAGGGGCCUUGGCAUGAAGUCGCCUACCGGGACGCUGAGCAGGGACGAGUGGGCUGGCUGGGCGUGCCGGUGGCGCCCCGGGGCACGAAACCAGGCGGGCUGCGGGCAGCCAGGCCCCCGCCAAGAUGUGGCCGGGCGCUCCUGCGCCGGGUCGGGCGCAGCCGGCAGGAGGGCGCAGUUCGGUGGCUCGGGGCUCCCAGCAGCGGGGCGGCCCCGGCCCCGUUCCCUGCAGGGCGGCCGGGCCGCGCGUCCCGCCAGAGGGGGCAGUGCAGAUCGGCGGUGCCGGGCGCGGGGCCCCGGCCCGGCCGGGGGGUGCGGCCCCAGCCCCGAGCCGGGGAGUGUUAAUCCCUCGCUGCCCUGUGAUGACGUUUGGAUUCAAAAGCGCUGCCCAGAAUGUUUCCGCGGCCCCGGCUGGUGGUCUCGCUUGGAGGCGGUGGCUGGCAAAACCAGGCGAAGUGUCCCGGGGUCGGGGCUACCGCACCCCCUACGCGGGGCUGCGGCGGGCGGGCGGCAGUGCUCUCCCGAGAGCUGGGGAGACGUCGGUGUGAUCUCAUAUUCCUUCUCCAGGUUCACUUCCAGCUUCCCCGGAGCAGCUGUCCCCCGAGCAAGCGCCUACCGUCGGGCCGGCGGGCAGGGGACGCGGCCACUCCCGGCUCUCCAGCCCUGGCCACCCUCGGCAGCCCGGGGGCCCCGGGGGCAGCAGCAGGAGCGGCUCGCAGCUGCCUCGCAGGGGCCGGUGUGCAAAGCAACAGUUCCCCGGCACGUCGAGGGAAGGGAAGAACCUGCUUUUCCCCCGCACACAGCUCUCCCCAGGACGGGCAGGGAGCAAGCACGGCUGGGCUGCCCUGCUCCGCAGCUCUUGCCGGGCGCGGGGGUCAGUGUUGGGGAAUGGCUAAGGGAACAACAAAAACCAGACCUCCAGGUGCAAGAAAUGAGGAAGCAGUGGCUCUCCCUUCCCCGACAGCCUGCCCUUACACGCCGUUUCCACGUCGGUGGAAAACUCCAACCCUCGGUGGAAAACUCCAAUACUCCAGGCACUAGCAAUGAUAAGAGGAACAAUAAUGACAACAAUGAUAAUGUGUUUCCGUAUAUUAAAGCACAGAAAAUAAAUAUCCUCCUGCAUCCGCUGCCUCCCUGGUCCCCGGAUCUCUUGAACACGCUGAGUUUUCAGUAUUUUGGCGGCUGGAGUAGGUUUGAGAGAGGAACAUUGACUGUAAGAGUAAAAGCCGGGGGAGAUGUAACUCGUGUGCCUUUCACCUUUUCCCGGGAACACAACCAUUGUCCUUGUGACAAGAAUCUCUGUUAUGGUCUGGGGGCUGUAAAGAAAAGGGAACUUUGCAGGUCUGUCUCCUAACUCUGCUGCGGGCAGCUCCCUCCGCCUCCCCUCCUUGUCCCGCAACCUCGGCAGCCCCCGGACUCUGAACCAGUUGAUAUAAAAGUGUGUAUGAGGGGGAUAAAAGUUGCAGUCUCUCAUGAGGGGAGAAGGCUGCAGGGGCAGAAGCAAGUUAAUUUCCAGCCGAUUUCUCAUUACUCUUCUUAACGCCUGUAAGGGAGAGAAAAUUAGGCACACAGCACACGUUUUGGCCACUUCAUAAAAAAUGCAGAUUUGAGAGAUGAUGUGAAAUGUGCCCUCGAGUCAAUGAUUAAAGAUAGCUGACUACAUUUUUUUUUUCUAUUUGGAGUUGAGAUGAGAAAUGCCCCUGAGCUCUGUAGGUCCAGGAAGGGUCCUUUAAUAACUGAUAAAUUGGCCCAAGAACUCCCUCUUCCCCUCUUUCCCUCCGCCCCUCCCGUCCCCUCCCCUCCCUAUACCCUCCACCGUCACACGUCGGCGACCGUCAGGGGAGAGCUGCAAUCCGCUGCCCUUCGCCCGGCGAUCAAUAGGAAUCGCUCUCGGGGGAUUAUUUCCUGAGCGGUCCAUGAGUGCCCGGACAGGGCCGGGCGUGACACCCCGGCGAGAGAGUGCGCAGGGGUGCGGCCACUCCUGCCUUGCCCCACUCGAGUCAGUAACUUUCGCUCCCCACCAUCCCCUGAGCUGGUCAACUUCGCCUGCGAGCCAGCCAAGAGACAGAGGUUCUGAUUCAACAGCAUUAAAGAUUUGCACUAAAGAAUACUUAAGAAUGGAGAUGGCCACUCUGAAAAGCUGCGUUUCCCAUCUGUUUUGAAAGCAGAGAAAGUUAAAGCUAAUGGCCACGGGCAUCUCUGGCAGUUGCCAUCUCCACCCGAUUGUCAGAAG